AUGGGUUGCCGCGAUUUAUUCAUUCCACACAUUCUCCUAGCCCUAAUUAUGACGACGUUUGUGCUCAUACAAUUGAGUUUCGUCUACAAGCAGCACAACUCGACAACAUGGUCGGUAUAUCACCUCAAGUCGGACAACGAGUUCAUCCGUACGAGCAAAGGGUACCCGUACAUCCUCGUGUACGAUUACUUGGACGAUCCUUACCUCUCCGACGUGAUCCAUGCAAACAGCUCUCGUUUUGAACCUCUAGCCGUCGUCGGCCGCCGUUCCUCCGCCGCGCCCUACAAGGCGCUCGAUGUGCUGGGCGUGACGAUUCACGGCGACAAGUUGGAGGAGCUGAUGGAAGAUUUGACCCUCGUGGACCAGACCGGCCAGACCUUUCAUCUGCUGGUGAAUCGACGGGGCCUGUGCUUGCUCUACGUCGGGAGUCGGCGAGUCAUGAGGCUGAGGAUCAUCGUCGUCGUCCGUCGGGUGGGAGGAGCUGCUGGAGGAGAAGGAGAAGCAAGUGGCUGCUCUCGAGGCUGCCUUAGAAGCUCUUAUUCGUGA